UUGCUCUUCUACUCCGAGUAGAGUAACGACCUACCGGGAGCGCGCGGUGAUGCUCUUAAGAACGCGAUCAAGAUCCGCGUUUCCUCUCUUUUGCUUACACUACAGAGAGUGUGUUUAUUUGUAAGUAGUGUUGUCAGAGAUAGACUUAUUCAUUCACACACCGCUAUAACCAACAGGACUGGGAUUAUUGGGUUAUCUGCGCUCUGCUGGCUCUGUUACCGCUAUGGGCUCAGUGUGAGUGAAGGGACAAAGUCUUUGGUAUAUAUAUAUGUUUGGCUACUUGUCAGUUUCUCAAAUGCAAACGGAAAUAUGUGGCAAGGCUUCGUCUUACUCUUCACCGGUUUGCUUGGGUUGUGUUCAUGUUCAAGUUUCCCAAGUAACAUCAACAUAGGAGGUUUGUUUCCAACCGACUCCCAUGAAUACGACGUGUUCCGUUUCGCGCUCUCUCAACACAAUGAUGUUCCUAAACUGGUACCCCAAGUGGACAUGGUGGACACGGGGAGCAGCUUUGCCAUGACAUACGCCUUUUGUUCCCAGUUCUCCAAAGGAGUCUACGCCAUCAUCGGCCUUUAUGACAGGAAGACCAUGAACAUGCUGAUGUCAUUCUGUGGCGCUCUACAUGUGUGCUUCGUCACGCCCAGCUUCCCCAUCAAUACCAACAACCAGUUUGUGAUCCAGCUGAGACCUGAGCUCCAGGAUGCUCUGAUCGCCCUUGUCGAGCACUACAAGUGGACCAAGUUCGUCUACAUGUACAGCUCCGACUCAGGUCUGACGGUGUUGCAAAAGAUCUUGGACACAGCUGCUGAAAAGACCUGGCAGGUGACAUCCAUAAACUUUGACACUCUGACAGAGGUGGCGUUCUUGAAAACCAUCCAAGAUCUGGAUGUGAAGAAGGAGUACAGGGUCAUUCUGGACUGUGAGCUGGAGAGACUCAACUCCAUCUUAAACUUGAUUGCGGCACAAAAAAAGAACUUGAAGAACUACCAUUUCAUACUAGCAAACCUGGGAUUUCUGGAUCUUAAUCUCACAGAGUUCAGGAACGGCGGUGCCAAUGUGACAGGCUUCCAGCUCAUGAACUACACAAACCCUACUGUCAGCAGGACAAUACAGCACUGGCUGGAGUUUGACAGUAAAGACUUGAAAAGUCCCAAAAGGAGGCUCAAGUACACUGGAGCGCUUACAUAUGACGGGGUGACUGUCAUGGCCACUGCCUUCCAGAACCUGAGAAAGCAGCACAUUGAUAUAUCUCGCAGGGGGAACGCAGGAGAGUGUCUGGCUAACCCUCCUGCACCCUGGGGCCAAGGCAUUGACAUUCAGAGAGCCCUACAGCAGGUGCAAUUUGAAGGGCUUACAGGACAUAUUCAGUUUAAUGAAAAAGGACAUCGGACCAACUUUACUGUCAGCGUGAUGGAACUUGGCCCAAACGGACCCAAGAAAGUGGGCUACUGGAACCAACGUGAGAAAUACGUGAACACAGCUACUUACAUCAACAUGCUCAAUGAGACGUUUGGACUGCAAAACAGGACCUACAUAGUCACCACCAUCUUGGAGUCUCCAUAUGUGAUGCUGAAGAAGAACCAUGAGCAGCUAGUGGGAAAUGACAAAUAUGAAGGUUAUUGUGUGGAGCUGGCUGCAGAGAUCGCCAAGCACGUGGGCUAUUCCUACAGGCUAGAACUAGUGGGGGACGGAAAGUAUGGAGCCAGAGACUCAGAGACAAUGAUGUGGAAUGGGAUGGUUGGAGAACUAGUGUAUGGCAAAGCAGACGUGGCUGUCGCCCCCCUCACCAUCACUUUGGUCAGAGAGGAGGUCAUUGAUUUCUCCAAGCCCUAUAUGAGCUUAGGUAUAUCUAUCAUGAUCAAGAAGCCCACCAAGUCCAAACCAGGUGUCUUCUCCUUCCUGGACCCAUUGGCGUACGAGAUCUGGAUGUGCAUUGUGUUUGCCUACAUUGGCGUGAGUGUGGUGCUGUUCCUGGUGAGUCGCUUCAGUCCGUACGAGUGGCAUGCAGAUGACGAAGAGGAAGAAACGGAGCAGCAAAACCAAAACCAGAACCGACCACCGUUACCAGAAUCCAACCAGUCGCCAAGCCAGGACGCUCAGAAUCAGAAUCAGAGAGAGGAGAAGCAACCUGAACACACCAAUGAAUUUGGGAUCUUCAAUAGCCUGUGGUUUUCCCUGGGAGCCUUCAUGCAGCAAGGAUGUGAUAUCUCACCAAGAUCUCUCUCUGGUCGUAUAGUUGGAGGUGUGUGGUGGUUCUUCACUCUGAUUAUCAUCUCCUCCUACACGGCCAACCUGGCUGCCUUCCUCACUGUGGAAAGGAUGGUGUCACCCAUCGAGAGUGCUGAGGAUCUGGCUAAGCAAACAGAGAUCGCCUAUGGGACUCUGGAUGGAGGAUCCACCAAAGAGUUCUUCAGGAGAUCAAAGAUUGCAGUUUUUGAGAAGAUGUGGUCCUACAUGAAAUCUGCAGACCCUUCUGUAUUUGUGAAGACGACAGACGAAGGUGUCGUACGGGUGAGAAAGUCCAAAGGGAAAUAUGCUUAUCUGCUGGAGUCCACAAUGAACGAAUACAUCGAGCAGCGCAAGCCAUGUGACACCAUGAAGGUGGGAGGAAACCUGGACUCAAAGGGCUAUGGAAUAGCAACACCCAAAGGAUCUGCCCUGAGAAUCCCCGUAAACCUAGCGGUGUUGAAACUCAAUGAGCAAGCCGUCUUAGACAAACUGAAAAACAAAUGGUGGUACGAUAAGGGGGAGUGUGGAAGCAAGGACUCCGUCAGAAAGGAUAAGACCAGCGCUCUGAGCCUCAGUAAUGUGGCUGGAGUUUUCUACAUUCUGAUUGGUGGGCUUGGGCUGGCCAUGUUGGUAGCCCUGGUUGAGUUCUGUUACAAAUCCAGAAUCGAGUCUCAAAGGAUGAAGCAAAUCAUUGAUGCGGCCAUGCUCAGCCCCACACUGAGUAGGAUGGGCACUGGUGGCGAGAACGGACGUGUGAUGGCCCAUGACUUCCCCAAAUCGGCACAGACUCUGCCCUGUAUGGGCCAGGCAGCUGCCAUGGGCCUCAGCACCACUGGGAUGUAAACGGCCAUCAGCCUCUCUGAGAUAUGGGGACAUCAGGAGAUCGCUGGAAAGAGUGGGAACAAGCAGACACUGCAGCGUACAGCUCACCUGCCACUGAAGUACUGCCAGAUGGAUUCAUGGACACACUCUGGGCUCCAAAUCAAAUUAGAUAAGAGAGAGGAAAAUCACUUUUCUAAUAUUAAGAUGUUUUUGUCUUUUCUUUUGGAACUACUCUGGUGCAAUAAGGAGACCGUGUGUGCGGUGUUUUUGUAUGAGCAUCAUUUUUGACAAAACUGAGAGGUUUUCCUCAAUCUCAUAAAUUACUGACGAUUGAACUGCAGUGUUUCUUUAUUGUCUUGUUUCCCCCAAAUAAUUUCUAACUGUGUUCAUUUUCAUCUGCCUUAUCAUAUAUCUUUGACACACAUCUCUGGAACAUUUUUACCCAGAGUACUCUUCAUCCAUAGUUACAUCAUUAUUUAUCAGAUAGUUUAAGGAAUAGUUCUCCCAAAAAUAAACAUUUGCUGUCUAACAUGUACUUUGAAUGAAUUUGUUUCUUUAUUGGAACAGAUUUGGAAAAUUUUGCAUUACGUCAUUUGCCAAUGGAUCCUCUGCAGUGAAUGGGUGCCAUCAUAAUGAGAGUUCAAAAAAGCUCAAUAAAAAUAUCACAAUAAUCGACAACUAAUCCACAUGAUUCCAGUCCAUCAAUUAAUGUCUUGUGAAGUGAAAAGCUUCAUUAAUUGAUGGACUGGAGUCGUGAUGAAUAUCAUGUGGAUGGUGGCACCCAUUCACUGUAGAAUAUCCAUUGGUGAGCAAGUGAUGUAAUGCUAAAUUUCUCCAAACCUAUUCCAGUGAAGAAAUAAACUCAUCUACUUGAAUGGCCUGAGUUAAUUUUUUGUUAAUUUUCCUUUUUUGGGGUGACCUUAGGGUGAAGUAUGCAAUCUCUGAAAAACAACAAACAAAUAGUCUAAAUUAAACAAAAAAAUUGGGUUAGGAUGCUGACCAAAAAGUGCUUAAUUGCCUUGAGAAAGUAUUCAUAAAUAUUUCACGUUUUAUGUUGCUGCCUUUUGUUAACCUGCUUUAAAUGUUUUCCCACAUCAAUCUACACUCCGUACACCAAACUGACAAAGCAAUAACAGAAUUGUCACAAAUUCAUAUGUUUAUUAAAAUGAAAAAAAAAAAUGAAAUAAGUACAUUGCAUAAGUAUUCAUACCCUUAGCUACAUAUAUUGUCUUUUUUUGUUUGAUUCAACAAACUUUGCUCAUCAUUGGCAAUUAUCUGCCAUCCUUCUCCAGAAAUAUUUGACUGGGUUCAAUCCCAGGCUCUGGCUGGACCACUCAAAGACAUUCACAUUCACACAUUGUCCUGCUGGAAGGUUCUGGAAGAAUGCUCUAGACUAGGUUUUGAUUAACACAUCUCAUCUCAAUAUUUUGAUGCAUUGAGUGUUCCUUCUACUUUGAUGAGUCCCUCAGUCCCUGCUGCUGGAAAACAGCCCCACUUCAAACUUCUUCCAUUAAGGGGGUAAUGGUUACAUUAUUCUGUGAACCUUCAAUGAAGCAGAACCCUUUUCUGAACUCUUUUCCAGGUUUGCGUGGCCUGACGUAAACCUGUUUCUGAGCUUUUUGUCCCCAGGGCUUGGUUUUUGCUCUGAUAUGCAUUAUAAGCUGUUAUACCUAUUAUUAAGACAUGACAUCUGCCUUUCUAAAUCAUACCCAUUCAGUUGAAUUUGUCACAGGUUAAUUUCACGUAAAGUGUAGUAACAUUUACAAGUAAUAUAAAUGCCCCUGAGCUAAAUUCUCAAAUUUAAAGCAGUUUAACAUAAGGCAGUAACAUAAAAAAAAAACUUUUGCAAGGCACUGUAUACAGAUGGUGCAUAUAAAUCUGGUAAUAGAAAAAGUAUUUUAAAGGGACAGUACACCCAACAUUGGAAAUUUAUUCACCCACAUCUUGUUCCAAACCUGUAUUACCUUUUUUGUGAACUGUAAAAGAAUAUAUUUUGAAAAAUGUCUCUCCACACCCCAUCCCAUCUCCAGUGACUUGUCAUUGUAUGAAAGAAGAAAUUUUUUUUUUGAAACAUUAUUUUGCAGAAACUAAAAAUAUAUUAAUAUGUUCCGCAAAAGAAAGAAAACCAUACAGGUUUGGAAGGUGAGUAAAUGAUGUCAGAAUUUUUAUAUAAAAUUUUAUAAUUAAAAUAAUAAUAAAAAACUACACUUCACCUUUUAGAAACGAUUAUGAAUGGAAUGAAAGUUUGUUUGAUGUCGUCAAAUGAAAAGCAAGGAAGAAUGCUAACAUCAGUGUGUCUUCAAAUGUCUUCCUUUCCAACCAGUUUGAUUGGUGAGCCAAGGUGACUUCUUCCAUAGGUUUGGAGAGGCUUGUCAUAGUUACUCCUUUAGCUCAGUCUCACACUUCACUUAUGAACACUUUGGAUCAAUCACCAUUUCCCAAUCCAUGCUCAAUUAAUGCUGCUCGAUAGAGUCUGUGAAUUAAAGAUGAGAAAGAAGAGGGGGUCGUAGACUAUGCAGGCAGCUCUGCUUUUUUGGUUUACUGUUCUGUCACUUCGGUUCUGUCUCCCUUUCUUGGUUUACAUGACAUUUUUCUGUUGAAGUAGCUGAUGAUAUGUAUAAUGCAUCAUUCCCACACUGAAGCGCUAAUGACGUCACUGUACACA